AGAGGACGACGCGACUGGGCCGGAAGGAACGCGUUGGUGCCUUUUGCUGAAUGAAGUGGUGGCGGCGGCGACGGCGGCUGAGACUGGGGUCGGUCCGGAGCUAGCGCGCCCUGGGAUCACUCUUGAGUACUUCAUUGCUAUAUUUACAAACUAGCUGGUACAUAUAUGUGCAAAUCUGUGUUUUAAAAUGGCAGAGGGAGGUGGAAAUGAAGAGGUAAUUCAUUUGAACAGCUUUCGUGGUCACAGAGGGAAAGACAGGAUAAGUCACAGAGAUGAAGGACUCAUUACUAUAUCAGACUCCUCAGAUGAAGAACUUGCCCUUUUGCCAAUGACAUCAGCUUCUCGACAGCAUGAUGAUGAUGAUGAUGAUUAUGACUAUGAUGAUGAUGACGACAAUGAUGAUGAUGAUGACGACGAUGAUGAUGUUGUCAUCUUGGCAGAAACACAUAAACAGCAACUGUUGCGACCUAUUGUUAAACCUGCUGCCCAAUGGCAGGAUCUGAAAAGACUGGGAGAAGGAGGGUCUAAAAAGAGUAUGACUACUUUUCUGCAAGAAAAGAAUGGCCUUUUUUCAACAAUAAAUAGUGGAUCAAGAUUCAGUGAAAAUAACAAUAGAAACCAGGAUCCUCAGUUGCCUGGUCCCUCUGAACAUAGUAAGCACAGGGCCAAAAAAGACCGAAAUCCCAAGCCUGGACCAAGUAAUAUUCAAGCUAUAAAAGUCAUUUUGAAACCCAGUGUGAAAAAGGAAAUAAUCAAUUUAGAAGAAGCUAGCAAACAUCCGAAUAUACAAAACCAGUCAACUGAAGACUCUGAACCAGAGCUUAUACCAAACCUUCAAGAAUCAGCUGCUACAGUAGAUGACCAAGUCAUAAGAGAAAAUAGUUGGUUAGAUCAUCCAUAUUUCCAACCCAUAGAUCAAGAACCAAAUGAAUUAGCAAAUCAAGUUGUUCCACAACAGGGGCAGCCUGAAGCAGACCUCUCAUAUCGAGAUGAGAUUCCAGGACCAGCUUUUCCAAGACCAGAACCACAGCAAGAUGGAAUCCCGGGUCCUUCCUCUCCUCAGCCUGCCCAUCCUCCUGGAGAACUUAAAGAUGAUCAACUAGCAAUAGAUGAUGAGCAGCCUGGUCCAGCUUUCCCAUUUCCAGGAUCUCAUCAGCCUGACUUGGGAAAUGUUCCAGAACAAGGAGGCACUAGUGCAGAUCAAGAAUUUAUUACACUACUAGUGAAAGAAACAGAAGCAAGGUUUCCAGAUGUAGCAAAUGGGUAUAUUGAGGAAAUAAUACAUUUGAAGAAUUUUUAUGAUUUAAAUGUACUUUGUAAUUAUCUUCUGGAAAACCCAGAUUAUCCAAAGAAGGAAGGCAGAGUGGUUUUAAAUCCUAAUAGCAGUCUGCUUGCCAGCCAAGAUGAGAAAAAGGUGUCUAAAGUGGACUAUUUUGACUUUUCUAAACUCACUCCUCUUGACCAGCGUUGCUUUAUGCAAGCUACUGAUCUACUCAUGGAAGAUUUCAAAAUGCUCAGCACUCAGGACAUCAAGUGGGCACUGCAUGAGCUCAAGGGACACUAUGCAAUCACCCGGAAGGCCUUUUCUGAUGCCAUUAAAAAAUGGCAGGAGCUAUUACCAGAAGCCAGUGGAAAGAGAAAAAAGAGGAAAGAAAUGAAUCAGUAUUCUUACAUAGAUUUCAAAUUUGAACAAGGUGAUGUCAAAAUAGAAAAGCGGAUGUUCUUUCUGGAAAAUAAACGUAGACACUGGAGGUCCUAUGAGAGGCGUUCACUCCUUCCGCCUGUGAGAAAAGAGCAAGAAUUCUAUGAGAAGAAAGUUAAGGAGAUGGCUGAGCAUGCUGACUUUUUGCUUGCCUUGCAAAUGAAUGAAGAACAGUAUCAAAAGGAUGGUCAGAUGAUAGAGUGUCGUUGCUGCUAUGGAGAAUUUGCAUUUGAGGAGCUGACUCAGUGUGUCGAUGGUCACUUAUUCUGCAAGGAGUGCCUAAUCAAAUAUGCCCAAGAGGCAGUCUUCGGCUCAGGAAAGUCAGAACUCAGCUGUAUGGAAGCCAGCUGUACAUGUUCAUUCCCAACAAGUGAAUUGGAGAAGGUAUUGCCAGAAACUAUUCUGCGAAAGUACUAUGAGCGAAAAGCUGAAGAAGAAGUAGCUGCCGCCUGUGCAGAUGAACUGGUUAGGUGUCCCUUCUGUAACUUCCCGGCUCUUUUGGACAAUGAAGUGAAGUGGUUCAGUUGUCCCAAUCCUCGUUGCAGAAAGGAAACCUGUAGGAAAUGUCAGGGACUGUGGAAAGAACAUAAUGGCAUUACCUGUGAACAGUUGGCUGAAAAGGAUGACAUCAAAUAUAGAACAUCUAUUGAAGAGAAAAUGACUGCUGCCCGCAUUAGAAAAUGCCAUAAGUGUGGGACCAGCCUCAUAAAAUCUGAAGGUUGUAACCGUAUGUCCUGCCGCUGUGGUUCUCAAAUGUGCUACCUCUGUCGGGCCUCCAUCAAUGGGUACGACCACUUCUGUCAGCAUCCCCGAUCACCAGGAGCCCCUUGCCAGGAAUGUACAAAAUGUUCUCUUUGGACUGACCCCACAGAAGAUGAUGAGAAGCUCAUCCAAGAAAUUCAGAAGGAGGCUGAAGAGGAGCAAAAGAAGAAAAAUGGAGAGAACAACUUCAAAAGGAUUGGGCCCCCCAUGGAGGCAGCUCCUGAAAAACUCCAGAGGAUUGAAGUCAUCCCAAGACCUGUUCCACAAAAUCUUCACCAAGCCAGGAUCCCUCCUUAUCCCUUUGUUCACCCACCUUUUGCUCUGCCUCCUGUCCGUCCCAUGUUCAACAAUAUUCCCCUCAAUUUAGGCCCCAUCCCUGCCCCCUAUGUUCCUCCUCUGCCAAAUAUGCGAGUGAACUAUGAAUUUCCCCCAAUCAAUGUCCCACUGGAGCACAACUUACCUAUGCACUUUGGUCCUCAGCCACGCCAUCGGUUUUGACAAGUGGGAUAGAUAUCUGAAGUGGAAGCACUGCCGAGGAGGGCCAUCCUGUGUUAACAACUCUCCUCCUAACUCCCUUCAUUAUUCCACAGAACUGAAAGGAGCAGCCUGAAAAUCUCCCCCAGUUAAAUUUCAUGGUGGGGAGGGGGGUGGGGGGGGGGUGUGUGUGUUAAAGAUACACAGCCUAGUUCAGAUGUUUACCCCACUUUUUUCCCCUAAAACUAGUAACUGCUGCUGAGCCCAUAGAGGUGGAAGUUUACAGAUUGGGCUGCCAAACAUGACUAAUUUGGGGCCAAUUUUCCUUUUCUUUGAUAGUGUUAGUAGAGAGACCUCCCUAGGCCCCAAAAUCUCCCCAGAGUCCCCUUUCUCUGUCUCUGUCUGUUUCUGUCUCUUUCUGUCUUUCUCUCUGUCUUUCUCUCUCCCUCCCUUUCCCUCUCUACCUAUCUUGCCUUUUUCUGUAUUUAAAAGUGUAAGUAGUCCACUGCUCUUUUAAGUACAGCUAAGGAGAAUAGAAGAGCCCAGCAUUCCUUGGAUACCAGUAACAGGAUUUGCCUUUUUGAUUUUGGGCUCAAAGAUUUCAGGAAGGAGAGGGAAGUAAAAUCUAUCCUGCCAGAAAAUGACCAGCACAGCACAUAACUUGUCAGUAAGCAUGACAACCCUGUGCUGUCUAUUAAUUCUUCAGAAAUUGUCCUAAAGGAGACAGAGUGAUGUGAAAGAAAAGCCACUUUACCUGUCCCUGAUCAAAACAGACAAGAACAAAGUCUCACCACAGGAAAGGAGAACUUUAUAAGUUUUCUAAUUAAAUUGGGACUUGUACUUUCCUAGUUAAUUAAAAUAUGAAAGUACAUUCAAGACAAUUCAUACGUUGAAGAGAGAGAAGAUAGGUGGUGGUUCAUUAGGAACUCCCCUUAUGAUGAAUGGCCAAUGUCUGCACUCUUUUUAAUAAGAGUACAAAGGACCACACUUUGCAAUGAGAUGUUGACCUCCAAUUGCAGAUCAGUGGGUAACCAGGUGUAAUUAAGGAAGGUAAAUGAUCUUCCUGCGUCUUAGCUCAGCACCUCCAGGUUGAGCAGAAUAAGACUCUACUGCUUACUUUAGGCUAAAAAAAAUUAUACUAGUACUUUCUCAAGCACUCCUGUCUGAAUCUUCUAGGAAGAGACACUGCUACUCAUCCUGCGCUCCAUCAGCCAUGGAGUUAAAGCCCCAGUCCCGUUGUAACUUUGCCAAGAGUGCCCUCUUCUCGUUCUGGGAAUGAGUGGAGUGGUCCCAGCCAUAUCAGCUUUGUCACAUAAUCAAAAGGAAGGGGGCUUACUGGAUAGUCAAAUGAAUAUUCCCUCCUCUGAGUAGGGAAAGAUGUUAAUGACUGGUACUUUAUAAAGACAAGAGGCUUCACAGAUGAAAAGGUUGAGAUUCCUAAAUACUGGUGCUGGAUUUCAUCUUACCUCUUGAGUGUGAAACUUGCACUAUAAGUAUAGUUCAUCCAGAAAGGUUUUCUUUCUUCCCUUCAACCCCACACCAUCUCCCCUUUCUACUGCCUCAAAAAAAAAAAAAAAUACUAAAUAAUAAUAUUACUGUUUGGGACUUUGGAAAUAAACUUCUGACUUGAUUUGUUUGCCCCAUUCUUCUCCGAUUAUCUAUACCCCACUGGUCCUUAUUUCCUGGAAAAUCCACUUUUCUAGAAUCAGCUCUUCCAAUCUAGGUUACUACAAAGAGCUGGUCCUAAACUUCUUUAGUUGUAUUGAAAGAUUUCUCCCAGUAUUUACUUGGAACAGUCAAUGUCUGGAUUGUAGCAUUGCUCUCUAUGGACUUCCCCUUGACUCUUCUGCCUAGUUCUGGGAUAAUCUUUGGUGACAUCAGAACCACAUGAUUAACUAUUUCUCAACUUUUGCUGCUAAGUUUUGUUUAUAUAUUGAGAAAGGAGGAAAAGUCUAUAUAGGGAUGUAAAUUUCUGAAUGCUGCUUAGCUGGUCUUUAUUCAGGUUAAAACUGCACCUUACCCUAAAAGAUGUUCCCUUGGACAGCCAGGGGCAGGCAGGCCAGCGUGCUGUUACACUGUACUUAAAGAGGGGCGGGAGAGAAGACUGAGCAUCCCUCUUCUUUUUUGUGUAUCUAAUUUCCUCUUGAUGUUAAUGUGAUAAGUGCUCAUGUGUAGGUCUUAGUUAUUAACAUUCUGAAGUCUUUGCCUCUGGAAAAGUCUUGGCUUCUGGCUCUAGAAUAUAGCUUGCAGUUUAGGCUUUAGAACCUGUGGUACUUCCUGCUACAGCUUUCUCCAAACUUAGUUUGGAAGACUGGCCUAUGGCAAUGAUAUUUUAGUCACAGAACGAGCCAUUUUACUUGCAAGGGUCCAACUAGUAGCUUUCCCCUACUUCCAUUGCCUGCUGAAUAGCUUACUUUUCCUUCCCUACAAUUUCUCCCACCCAACAGAUUUGGAAAAUUAUUUUCCUUUUUCCCUUUUGCCAUCAGCUUUCUAUGUAUAAGCUAAAACAUCUUGUUGCCAAUCCACUUGCUUCAAUUCCCCUAGUGAAUCCAGCACAACAGUUACUGGGGUCUGCUGGAGGCUUUACUCUUAAAUGUUAGAUUCCCCCCAAAACAAAAAACAAACAAACAAAAAAAAAAAAAAAAAAACAAAUGUUCAAUGGAAAUGUGUGUGUCAUUAUACUCCUAUUUCAGGCAUCAUUGCCACAACAAUAAAGGCCUCCCUGUUACUAGCAAAGAUAUUUUAACAACUAUGCCUGUUGGCAUUGAUACGUCAAGCACCUAACAUGGAUAUGAAAUCAGGGGACUUUGGACAAGAAAACAUUUCCUUGUUAUCCAGAAUAGAGCUAUCUGAUUUACUAGUGAUUGAGAUGUCAUGCAUCAACCAAUUAAUUGUGCUGUGAAGAUCAGAAAGAAAACAAUCCCCUUUCCAAAGAAAUGCCUUUUCAUUCUUCUGCCUUUCCAAAUGAUGAUCUAGUAAGACUCAGUUUUUGAAGAGUGAAAGUUAUAACUGGUUCAAGAGAUGUGACAGAUGAGAGAGCAGGGAAGAAUUUUGAAAGGAGGGCUUAAGAUCCAGAUUUGUAUCUGUAUCUGUAGGAAGAACUUUAGGUUCUCUUCCUUCUCCUCAGGUGCAAUUGUUUCCUUACAGAUUUCCAUCUGAUGAUCAUUUUUGAGGGACAUUUGUCUGCCUGAGGUCCAGCCCUAAUAACCAGUGCCUUUUCCAUCGGUAUUUUUGUGACAUACAUCAUGUGUCACGGAUGUGCCUUCCGGGGCAAUAGAUUGAUUUAUUUCUGAGCACAGGAACUCAUUAAGAAUUCUUAAAAUAAGGUUCCCCCAGUAACUCCUUUGUGACAAUGGUUGUAGGGACCAUGGAGGAGGAUUUCAGAAUUGGAAAGUCACUGAGCCAGGAUUUUCUUUUCAGCAAGCUGCCCCAUCCAGAUUGAAGUGUCGGUUUUCCAUCGACAGUGUUUGUUUUUGCCCUAAAUCUCAUGUGUGAGGAGGUAUAUGCAUGCACCUACAUGCGUAUGCUGUCCAGCUAGCUGUGCUGUAGAUUCAGAAGGCAGUAUGUGGCAAGUGACAUGUGCAAAACCGCCCGAGAGGAGUGAGUCCAAUGAGCCAUCACCUUCAUUAAACCAUUUACCUUAUAGUUUGUGUUCAUUUACAUUGCUUUGCAGUGUGUAUAUGUUAAUGUGUUAAAUUUGGGGAAUGAGACAAAAACAUUUGGCUCUAGAACAGUUGGGGAAAGGUGGAUAAUUUUUAGGGUGGCAUAUGGAAGACAGGCCUGCGCAAAGCCUGGACAAACCCUUCCCUAUCCUUGGAAACCACUGCUUUGGCUGUUUCGAUUUGUGUGUAGUUGUGCUCUCUUAGCUGGGAAUAAUGCUUGACAUCCACCAUUGAUUCUACUCAAAAUGUUGAAGCGACAUGAUGAUGUGCAAAGAGCACAGGAUUUGGAGUCGGGAGACCUGGAUUCAAUCCUGGCACUGCCUGUGUGACGUUAUGCAAGUCACGUGACCUUGCUGGGUCUCAGAUUCCUCAUCUGUAAAAUGAUGGGGUUGGGCUAGGUGACUUUUUUGGUCCCUCCUAACUCUAAGUCUUCUUGGUGAUGAACUCUUGCAGUCUGCAACAGGAAAUCCCAACAGCCGACUUGACUUAACUCUGCUCAUGCUCCAGAUGAUACUUGGAUUUUAAGCAGACAGAAACUCUUUUUCCUUAUUGUUAGCUACCUAGUUUUAUAAAACUUGCAGAGUGAAUAUUUCCAAGUCACAGAUGAGGUGGGGGAGCUUCAAUGAAUUGAAAAGGAAUUGGGCAAGUGAUUGUUUUUGAUGGUGUGGUCACUACCACCUAGUUAUAGGAUUGCCUUGUUCUGUUUGUCAGUGGGAACAAUUUUCUCUGAGCUAGAACUCAUUCUCUCCCAGGGCUCGCUCUGGGAGGCAUAUUGUCGUAGAGAAUCGUCUCUCUGCCCUGCACUAUAGUAAGGGGUUAUUGAAGAGGCCAAAGAAAUCUGAUCCCAUCCCACUGGCAGGCAAUCAUGUGCACAGAUAAAAAUGACAGGAAGUCCAAAGUGAUUAGCCCAGCUCCUGGAAAAUAAAGCAAAAGCAAACAAAAGCCCUCCUGAUCUUGCAGGCUCUGCAUUGUACAAUUUGGUUUCUUUUAUGCCACAGUCAUGACUGUCUAGCUCUCAGACUGAGGCAGCUGCCUGCAGGAAAGGUCUCCACAGUGAGCAAGGCUCCACCCUUCCCCAGUUAGAGUUCCAUUUUACUUGCCUUAAUGGUGGAAAGAGGAAUUUAGUAUUUGCACUUAGCAAAACAUUUUAAAACUGUAAAGAAUUGUGCAUGACCUACAACUUUGUAUAACAAUAGAUGAAAAUGAAUAGGUGGUUUAUUAAAAAUAAAUAUUUUUCUUUACCUUCUGGUAGUAUAAAAUAAUAAAAUAAAAGCUGUUAUGUUUUCUUGUGUGUAAAAAGUCUGUAUUAUAUGUAAUUUGGAUUUUUUUGUAAAUAAAUUUUUGUGCACUCUGA